AUGGGAGCACCAUUAAAAGGAUUUAGAUUUGUUCUAUUUGUUGGAGCCCUUGUCGGUGGCAUCGGAGCAACUUUAUAUCCCAUAGUCAUUAAGCCAAUGAUGGGAGUGGAUGAAUACAAAGAUAUCAGAAAGCAAGUAGCCAGCGAAGUCCGUAAACAUUGA